UAUUUCGAUGAAUUGUAACCGUAAUUUAAAUUUUGCUUUUCUAACAACACAUAAAUUAUUCGCAAUGGCGUCGGCUGGAAAACUGAAAACAUUCGGCGACAAACCAAAGUCGUUUGCUUUAGAAGAAGAUGGAGAAACAUAUUACAUAGGUUCAGAGGUAGGCAACUACUUGCGAAUGUUUCGGGGUUCCUUGUAUAAAAGGUUUCCUUCUAUGUGGAGAAGACUAAUAACAGCAGAUGAACGAAAAAAAUUGGCACAAAUAGCUGGAUUUGGACAACAUUCUUUAGCUACCAAUAUAACAUUGUUGCGCUCAAAGGAAGUUGAUGAAAUAAUAGAAAGUGGUGGUGAAAAGUACAAGGAUGUGGCUGUUCCAGCAGAAGUUAACUCAGUAAAAAGGGGUGACCCAAAGACAAAGCGAGCCACUUGGGUACCAACCGUUCCAAGCUCUUCUCAUCAUCUUGAUGCAGUGCCUUGCUCUACUCCAAUCAACAGAAACAGAAUAGGCAAACCAAAAGUUCGGACAUUUCCUUUAUGCUUUGAUGACUCAGAGCCGUCCCAGAUCCAUGAAAACAGCACUCAGCCAGAGAACCUGGUGCCAAUACGCCUUGACAUGGAGUAUGAGGGACAGAAGCUCAGGGACUGCUUUACAUGGAAUAAAAAUGAAAUGUCUAUAACCCCUGAAAUGUUUGCCGAAGUGCUGUGUGAUGACCUUGACCUGAAUCCAGUGAACUUUGUGCCUGCCAUAGCACAGGUGAUACGGUCUCAGCUAGAGCAGUACCAGGCAGAUGCUGUCGAACCCGUCUCAGAUGAACCUGUAUCAGAUCAGAGGGUUAUUCUUAAGUUGAACAUUCAUGUGGGUAAUAUAUCUCUCAUGGACCAGUUUGAGUGGGAUAUUUCUGAACCAGACAACAGUCCAGAAGAAUUUGCAACAAAACUCUGUGCUGAACUUGGUCUUGGUGGUGAAUUCGUCACAGCAAUAGCUUACAGUAUACGUGGUCAGAUCAGUUGGCACCUGAAAACAUACGCCUUUAGGUACGAAAGUGAGACUCCACUGCCUGUGGUUGAAGUUGCCAUCAGGAGUCAGAACGAGGCAGAUAACUGGUGUCCCUUCCUGGAGAUACUCACUGACCAGGAAAUGGAGAAAAAAAUACGAGACCAAGACAGAAACACACGACGUAUGCGUCGCCUGGCCAACACAGCACCCACUUGGUAACAUGAUGGUUUGAGGUUACAAAAUGCGCAAGCUUCCGAGAAGUGUUCACCCAUAAAGAUGAAUAGAUCUUACUUUUAUAGAAUAAAAAGGAGCUAUCAUGAACAUUGUUAUGUUGUCUGCAAUUUGGGCAGAAGACAGGGUUAAUGUUGUUGUAUGAGUGUCCCCUAACGUUGCCACUAAAUCUUCCAAUAUAAUUAGCACUCAAAAAAGUGAUUUAAAAUGACUGACAUUCUAAAUGGAUCAAAAGACUUUAUUAUAGCUCAUCAUUUUAUUACAACAGCUAAUGAAGCAUUAUUAGUUUAACAACCAUUUAAUAUGCAUCAUGAAUAUAUUUGUUAAACUGUUCAGAAAAAAAUAAAUUUACUAGAUCUUAAAGAGUGUAAACUGUUGUCAAUAAUUUACUUAUAAAACAAACUCAAACAAAAAGUUAUGGAACUGACCAUAACAGUGUUGUGAAUUGAACUCACUAGUGUCCAUCUCUGUUUAAAUUGAUCAAGAAUUUAACUGUACAAUUUAUUCACAAUUUAACAGAUUAGGGUACAGAUAAAUACAUAGGCAGCGGAUACCUUUUCAUUGUAUUUUUUACCUGUCAUAAGGAUUGUUUUGAAGAAAAUUCCAGCCAAAUAACUAGAUUUUUUAAACUGAAUUUCUUGCUAGUUAUAUAGAGAUAACAAAGUACUUGAUUUUGUUCUCUUGUCCUGUCAGACUAGCAGAUACAUCAUUCUUUAAUAUCGAGCCCUUACAUACCUUAACAGGCCUUUGAAACUGCAGACUAAAAAAUUACCAGUCCUUCUACAACUUAGUUUUUUUAAAUUGUUAAGAAGACAAACCAAAGGUAUUGAGCUUAAAGCCGUAGAGACUAAGUGCAUGUUGCUUGGUAGAUUUAAUGCUCUUCAAAUGGUAAAGCUUAUGAUGAAGGUUUUGUUACAUAUAAUUCUCAUUCAUUGGGUAGCUGGCAUGUCCAAUGAUGAGGAUUCAGUUGGAAUGAUUCUUAAUAACUUAAAAGUACAGUAUGGAUCAUAAAAAUAAUAUAUUACUCGUCAUCUUUUAUAUGGCAAAGAUCUGGUGAUGAGUGGUAGUUACAUUGAACAACCAAACAUGAUGCUUUAUCUUGAUUUAUUACACAAAUUAAUCAGAUUAUUAAUAUGUAGAAUUUCCAUUAUGUUGUCAUUUCAUGAAUCAUAAAGACGAACACAUCAAGGUCGUUUUUUAUUCGUUUUUUAUUACAUUGUUGACCAGGCCUAUUAGCCCAGUUUGUAUAGCACUGGACUUCAAAUUGGAGGAUCGCGGGUUUGAUCUCUGGCCCACCCAGAUGAGAUCCUUUCUACUGUCAUUAAGCUCCUACUUCUGAUUCAAGUAGGGCAAUUGUUACUGGAAUAAGUGUAUGCACUUAGUAGUGGUAAACCAGCUAUUCCAGGAAAAGUGAGAGUUAGUGAAACUGACCGCCAAAAUGAGAAUGAAAUACUGUUAAAAACUGUGAAAAUGCUACUCAACAAAUUAGGAACCUACAGUUAUAAUCAUGAAUGUGUUGUUUAUUUUUAUGUAUGUAUAAUGUCAUCACUGUGCAAUUAUAAUAAAAUUGUUGUAAGAG